AUGUCCGACAGCGGCUGUGACUUUUCCGGCGACGUUGAUCCGGACCUUCCGCUCACCCCGGAUGGGGUCACCUACCACAUCGCCUGCAGCAGCGAGCGCCUGGCAGACCGCAUCAUCUUGGUCGGUGAUCCAGGCCGCGUGAAGAUGGUGGGCACCUACCUGGACAGUGGCAGCAUCAUCUACGAGGCCUCGCACCGUGAAAUAAACAUCAUUACCGGGGCCUACCAUGGCGUUCCAGUGACGGUGCUGAGCACGGGCAUGGGCACCGACAACGUCGAAAUCGUGAUGAACGAGGUGCACAUCCUGAAGGAGUACGACACGCAGAAGCGGCGGUGGCGCACUCGCGUCGAGGAUGAUACCCCGGCAGACCUUCUCGAGACACCGUUUGAUCCGUCGAAGGUGAAGCUCAUCCGGGUUGGCACCUGCGGCACACCGAAUGACGAGGUGCCGAUAGGCUGCCUCGCCAUCACGCGCUACGCCGUCGGCAUGGACAACACCUGCCAGUACUACGGCGCCCCUGCGGUGAACUACACGGCGGACGUGAUGGAGGUGCUGGCGAAGGUUCAGGCAACCUCCCUCGGGAAGGUGCAGGUGUACGCGACCAAGGCCGCACCAGCCAUCACGCAGGGUCUUGUGGACGCCUGCACGGCGCUCAACAAAGAGGCGGGUGUGUCGGUGCAGCAGCCCUACUACGUGGGCGUCACCUGCAGCGGCAGUGGCUUCUACGGAUGCCAAGGUCGCAGUGUCGGCCGAUUUCGCGGUCACCUCACCGUCCCGCAUCUCACCAAGGAACUCGGUGACCUGCGCUUCAACGUCAGCGAGGGCGAGCAGCGCGUUGCGAACAUCGAGAUGGAGAACAGCGCCCUCUGCUACCUCAGCAACCUCCUCGGCUACCAGGCAGGCACGGUGUGCGUCGUGGUUGCCCGGCGCUCUCGCACCGAUCGCACCUUCGCGACGCCAGAGCAGCUGGCCAGGGGGCUCUCGAACGCCAUCACCAUCGCUCUGGAGACCCUCAUAAAGGACUAG